UCAAAACAAGCCAAACGGUAGGCUAAAAAUAAACCUACGUAAAGUUAGCUAAACUAAAACAUAUCAACUAGAACCUCUUCAUACUAUACAUAGUAUCUACUUGUCAAGCACUCGCAGCUAUACUGAAUACAUCAAGACUAAGCCAUCUUUAGCAACCACUUAGUUGCCCGUGUAAUAGUAGGAUAGAAAACGUCGAAUGCUAAUUUACAAGUCUGUGCAUGAGUACUCAUUCUCAAAGUAUAUAUGUUUUUGAAAUUUCCCACCUUGAAAUAUUUGUUUCGUUCUUUUGUCCAUCGUAUUUUAUUUCUUCCGUACCCAAAAUCUUCAAUCUUCUUGAAUUUACCGGUUUAGUUAUAUCCGCUAUAUCUCCAUAUAGUGUCUCGUUCCUAAACUUCUUACUCAUCAUACACCCAUAUUCCUGCUACGUAAAUUUAAGCCUUCGAUUCCCCCUACUCAUCUCCACGCCAGUUCAGGACACUCUCCUGUCCAUUAUCUUGUCAUACACAUAUCAUCCUAAUCAGAAUUCUGAUACAUUGAUCCGAUCCAUCAACCUCAAACUUCCACAAUACUUCCAUAUUCAAGUCAUUUCCUCACAACAUAUCAAAAUGACAUCCUUAUCCGAAUGCAAACUUCUCGCAAAAAUAUGGUGCUCACCAACACCAAAAGCACCACUCAUCAAAGCACUUCACAGUGCAUGUCUAACCUACCUCGAAUCAACAAAACUAUAUCAGGAUCCCGAAGCCUGGCCAAUACUCCCACCAAUCAAAAAUAUCCAACAACUACCAAGCGAGAUACUAAGCCUGAUCAUGGAAAAUCUGACACCAGUGGAUAAAGGCAGACUGCGAGUCACAAAUCAUUUUUACCACGCCACGAUCCCACGUCCUACAGUAACUCAUGAAGAUCUCCUUGCUGCCGAAUCGCAAGAUUAUGAGCAAAAGAAUCAUUUGUUGGCAUGCGGGAUAUGCUGCCGCCUGCGACAUAUUUCCAAUUUUGGAAAUGUGCAGAUAACAGGAAGAAGGGCUCGCAGCGGGCCACAGCGCCACAAACGUUUCUGUUUGGAUUGUGGAGUUAAAAAGUUGUUUUAUAGGCCUGAUGGGUAUAUUUAUGUAGGAACAAAUGAGAUAAGGCUUUGUCCUGAACAUAGGAGGUUCGAAUGCACAGCCCGCUGUCUGUCACAUAAAAAUAAGGGUUCUUGGGACCGAGCCAGUUGGCGGGAGCAAAUAAACCUAUCUUACUCAAAAUGCCUCUUACCGAAGGGUGAAAAGCUAAGUAGGGCUCUGAAAGAGGAAGAAUUACACGAGAAGUUUAAGGAGAUAGUACAACAUUCGCACUGAUGCCUCGGAAACUUAGGAAGGUCGAUAAAAUGCUCGUAUCAAAUUGAGGAUCGCUAAAAGAGAGCUAGGAGAGGACGAAACUCAGUUACAAAAGUGUAUCGAUGAGCUAUUGAUCAACGACCCCAACGGCCAUGUCAGAUCACGACUACUUUUCCGGCUACGUACCAUGCGAGGAACCUCAUACGCGAUAUCGGAGCUUUGAUGAGAAAAGAAGGCG